GAUUUAAUCGUGGUGGCGCAAAAGUCAAUAUCGAGACAGUAUAUUUACUUUAAAGGCCCUAAAUGUAGUUACAAGUCCGUGGCUAAAAGAUUCAUAGACAGCGAGUCAGAUUACAUGAUUCUGAAUGCGUGAUGAAAUGCGCAUUACGGUUUGAAGUGAUAUUGAUUAAGUGAAAGGAUAUAUAUUGAAAUUAUCUAUGAAUACAAACAAAAUUGAACAUGCGCUUUCAGGCGAUGUUCAGUAUGUACUAAUUUAACGUAGCUUUAUUUUCUGUUUGUAUUACAGGACUAUGUAAGAGGCGGAAGAACGUAAGACUCCGUAUUGAAAGCAUUGCAUCGGAAUGGUUUUCUGUUUGGUAUCGGGUAAUGGCUGAAUAGCCGAAUUACUGUACUCGUCUCUACUGGAUAUAAUGGAAUUAAUAAUACUUUCUGUGUAAAGAAAUCAUUCCACUAAAACUGCCAAAGAACUGCCAAAUACAUACCAACGUUGCUCAAAAUUGUUUACUUUAUCCUUCCGUCAACUCUAACUUCUAAAGGUGUAUAGUUGUGGUUUUGUUGGAAGUUGUGCUCAUGAUGUCGUCGGAAACAGCUGAUAGCCUUAUAGAAGUUUUACGGGAGCAGUGUCUAACGAGGGGCUGCAAUGGAAUUAAGGGACUUAGUGUGAUUUUCAGGGCAAUGGACAUUGACUACUCAAAAAGGAUUGUGUAUGAAGAACUAAAAGUAGCUCUUGAGAGGUUCGGGAUAUUGAUAUCUGAAAGUUAUCUACAUACACUCUUUGAUGCUUUAGAUUUGAAUAAAAGCGGCGGUAUAGACUUUUGUGAGUUUAUGCAUAAACUCCGCCCACCAAUGAAACAAUGCAGAAUUGACGUCAUCGAUGAAGCUUUCGAAAGGCUUGACGUAAAUAAAGACGAAGCUAUAAUGUUGGAUGACCUUCAAGGUAAUUUUUGCUCAUUUGUCUAUUCGACCAAUGCGAAGCAACAUCCAAAGUUUAUUUCCGGUGAGUGGACGGAAGAGCAGGUGCUUCGGAACUUCUUAGACAGUAUCGAUACACCUGGUAACCCGGAUGGAAAAGUGACACGUGAAGAAUUUAUGAACUACUAUGCGGGUGUCAGUUCUACAGUGGAAGAUGACUGUUAUUUUGAUCUUAUGAUGAGGGCGUGUUAUGGUCUUCCAAACAGAGGAUCCUGAAAGUGUUUUAGAAUGCGUGCUGCCUUUUUACAUCUAUUAACAUAAAAAGUAAUAUUAAUUAUAUUCAAACGACAUAUUUUGUUUGAUUGUGCUAAUAUUUACUAGUAGCUCUACUCUGCUGACUUUGAAAUAUGGGUAUGAAACCACGCUGUUUGGCUAAGAUUCUUUUAUGAUUACUUCUAAAAUCGCAGUUGUGGAUUAAUUUUUAGUUCAACAUCGUUUAUGAAAAGAGAAGAGGUAUGCAAAAAUAACUUUUGAACACGCUUAUCGGACGAAAUGGCCAAAAUAAUAAAUCACAUGCCAGUAUAUGCACUGGUAAGAUUUCCCAAUAAUAAAAUUAAUUUGAUUGUAAUAAAACAAGAACAUUGGUUACAUUGCAAAA